CAAUUUAUGUGAAAGGCGUUGGUUUUAUUUGAUUUUUAUUACACAGGUUUAUACUGAGAUGUGAUUAUCUCAACGAAUUCUAAUGUAGAUGUUUGAGCUUGUUUUAUCACCUUAAAAGUGUGGUUGAUUCUGAUAUUCAUCGCACGGUGACACUAGGAACGGCGAGGCUGUCAGAAACUCAAUCACUUCAGGCACCAUGACCGAAACGUCCGACCUCGGGAAGCUUCCAUGUGUCUCGGAGGAGAGCAUCAUUGAGUUUCUGAAAAGGAGACUGCUCUCCAAGAUCAUUUACACAUGGGCUGGCUCCAAUUUGAUCGCCGUGAAUCCGUUCGAGGACGUGGCCGGCGCCGAGGACCCGGCGCUGAAUGAGCUGAUCCGGCGCCGGGACGGAGCACGUGGCCCGCUGCCGGCGCACGUGCACUCCAUCGCGCAGACGGCGCACCACGGCCUGCAGGCCGGCACCGACCAGACCGUCAUCAUCAGCGGCGAGAGCGGCGCCGGCAAGACGUUCUCGGCGCACCGGCUGCUGCACUACCUGGUGCAGCUGGAGGCCAGCGGCAGUCAGGGCACCGGCCGGACCGUCGAGCAGAAGCUGAACGUCUCCAACCCGCUGCUCGAGGCGUUCGGAAACGCGCGCACCACCAACAACGGCAACAGCAGCCGCUUCUGCAAGCUGUUCCGGCUGGAGUACGGCGGCGGCCGGCUGCGUGGCGGCGCCGUGCACACCUGCCUGUUCGAGAAAACGCGCGUCAUGUGGCGCGGCGCCGGCGAGCGCAGCUUCCACAUCUUCUACCAGAUGGUGGCCGGACUGCCGGCCGGCUCGCUGCACGCGCUCGGACUCGAUCGGCACGCCUCGCUCAGCGAACUCUCGGGCCACGCCUGUGACGCGGACGCGACCGACUUCGCGGUGACCGAGUCGGCGAUGGCCGAGCUGGGGCUGAGCGGGGAGCAGCGCGCAGCCGUGUUCGCCGUGCUGGCCGCCGUGCUGCACCUCAGUCGGCUGCGGGUGGUGGCGCGCACAGACGACCAGUUCGAGGUGGAGGACGACGCGGCGCUGCAGUGGGCGGUCCGGCUGCUGGGCGUCAGCGCGCCCCAGCUGGCCGAGACGCUGACGGAGCAGCAGCUGGCGGCCGGCCGCAGCAGCGUGGUGCGCCGGCCCUGUCAGACAGAGCAGGAGGUUCUGGCGCGCCGCGACUGUCUGGUGCGCGAGCUAUACGACGGCCUGUUCCGCUGGCUGGUGGAGUGGAUCAACGGCCAGAUCGCCUCGGGCAGCGCGGCGCCGCGCGCCAUCUCGCUGCUCGACAUCUCCGGGUUCGAGAGUCUCGAGACCAACAGUCUGGAGCAGCUGUGUAUCAACUACGCUAACGAGCGGCUGCAACAGUUCUUCCUGGCGUCUUUUCUGCGCCGUCUGGAGGCCGCCUUUCUCGAGGAGGGUCUGAUCGGCGCCAGGCUGGAGUACCCGGACAACGGCCGGCUGCUGGUGGCGCUGGACGGGCCGGCGCCGUCCGUGUUCGGCGCGCUGGACGAGGCCAGCGGGCUGCGUCAGGUGGUGCCGGCCAGUCAGCUGAGCGCCGAGGCGCAGCGCGCCGCCUGCGCGGCCCCCGGCGCCGGCGGCGAGCACACCUUCACCGUGCGCCACUUCUGCGGACCUGUGUCGUACGACGCGCGCGCGCUGGUCGCCAAGAACCGCGACCGGGUGGACGCGACGCUGACGGCGCUGCUAGCGGGUAGCUCGGAGUGGCUGGUGCGCCAGCUGCCGUCGCCGGCGGCGGCGCCGGGGACGCCGCGCGGCGCGCGCCGCCGUAACACGGUGCUGGCGCGCCUGCAGCUGUCGGUGGGAGCGCUGCUGCGCCGGCUGGACGGCUCCGACGUGCAGUUUGUGCGCUGCGUGCGGCCCAACGGCGCCGGCGCGCCCGGCCUGGUGGCCGACGCGUACAUGCGGCGCCAGCUGCGCGCCGCCGGAGUGCUGGCCACGGCCCGGCUCAGCGCGGCCGGCUUCCCGUUCCGACUGACUCCGGCCGAGUUUGUGGCCCGCUACACGGAGCUGGUGGAGCUGCGACAGCGCGCCGAGCCGCGGCCAAACAACCAGCUACUCACACAGACGAUCGAGCGGUGGACGCCGGACGACCCCGGGGUACGUGUCGGCACCGGUCACGUGUUCCUGACGCGGGGCGCCUGGUACCGGCUGGGCGACCUGUGUCAGUUGGCGCGCCGCAGCGCUGCCGGUCGACUACAGUGCCGCCGGCUGCGCGCCGCGCUCACACUACAGCGGUGCGUGCGCGCCUGGCUGGCCGGUCGGCGGCGGCAGCGCGCGGCGGCCGUGCUGCAGCGCUGCUACCGGCGCCGGCUGGAGGCGGCCCGCCGGCAUCGGCGUGACCUCACCGACUCAAUGGUGUCGGACGGCGCCGACUCGGGAGUCAGCUGCCUCGACUCGGGAGUCUGCAGUCUGGAGUCGCCGCCGGGCGAGGAGCGCCGCUGGCAGGCGGGCAGCGGAGCGGGCACGCCGAGCCCGCCGGCCGGCGCGGCGCCGCCCCAGCUCCGGCCGCUGCCCCCGGACAGUCUGCUGGCCGGCAAACCGCUGCACAUGGCACGCGGCAUCGUGUCGGUGCGGCACGUGUUCGCCGACCGCCUGCCGUUCCACACGCGGCGCACGUGCCUGCCGUUCUCUUGCGAGCUGCCGCGGUUCCUGGUUCCGGCCGGUCUGGUGGACUUGGUGUGA